GUCUCCGGCACAGCAGGUAUAACAGCAAAUGGUUUAAUCCAGAGCUUGUUGCAGUUGUCAUGAUGGAUGGUGACGGCAAUCCAGUCUGCGAGCUGAGGUUCAAUGCUGCUGUCAAAGUGAUACAAAGUUUACCUUCAAACGGUUCAUUUCAACCUUCCCAUGACAUGAUGCUGAAAUUUUAUAGCUACUACAAGCAAGCAACUCAAGGCCCCUGCAACAUUCCCCGGCCAGGAUUCUGGGACCCAGUUGGCAAAGCCAAAUGGGAUGCCUGGAAUUCUCUGGGUGAAAUGGCAAAGGAAGAGGCCAUGACAGCCUACGUGGAUGAUUUGAAACUGAUCCUAGAAAGUAUGCCUGUGACGAAUGAGGUGGAGGAGCUCCUGCAGGUUAUGGGCCCAUUUUACGAGCUUGUGGAUGAGAAGAAGAAGAUAACGCAAGUGUCAGAUUUGAGCACAGGCUUUGGGAGCAUGCUAACAUCACCACCCAAAAGUGUCACUAAAAGUAUCAUCAGGACAAUGGAGAUGAACGGCAGUCUGAACAGUGAACCUGUAAAAACAUCAGAGCUUCCAAACACUAAAUCAAUAGAGCUGGAAGACAGAGAAGAUGAUGAGGAAAGAGAUGAAGACGAGGAAGUUAAAGAGCAGAAAAAAGCCCCACAACCUAAGAAAAGGGCUUCAGCAGGGAGGCCAAAAGGACAGGUAUCUAAUGGCAGUAUCGGGCAACAUAAAGUAUUAACCAAUGGAACACAUUGUGCUAAGUCUGAUCAGAAUGGGCAAGAGUGUGAAGAAGAAACUGAAAGCAUUAACCAUGAUGGAGAGAUCAUAGAGGUCAUUGGACAUGUCAAAGAAAAUGUGUCCAGUUCCCAUCAUGUAGCCAGUGACUCAGACAGUGAGGUGUACUGUGACUCUGUGGACCAGUUUGGUGCAGAAGAGGGCUCUGAGUUUCACAUAAACUACUCACAGGACGUAGCCGAGGAGAGCUACAGGGCACUGUCCUCCACAGAGGUAUCACAGGAUCAGCUGGAAAGGGAGGAGGGUGUACAGCAUGGAGGAGAAGAUGGCCGAAGCAGCAGAGGAGGGUCACAGAGACAGAACAUUACUGUGAACAAAAGUAACAGUUCUGUGGUCAGAAGGGGAAGAGGGUCCAGGUCACCGGCCUUUGGCUCCGGGUCAGUGAGACCACAGCAGGGCAGUGGGGGGGAUGGGGAACGCUGGGGAAAUGAUGAAGCUACAAUGGAAAAUCUCAAUGAACAGAUCAUCUGUGCUCUGGCCAGACUGCAGGACGAUAUGCAGAGUGUGUUAGAGAGACUUCACACGUUAGAAGCUCUUACAGCCUCUCAGGCCAGAUCCUUAGCCCUGCCAUCUGACUACCUAUCACCGCCUGCAAGCAAAACUAAGAAGAAGCUGUCCUGGUGGCCUUUUGAUGUUUCUCCUGGAACUGUGGCCUUGGCUGUUAUCUGGCCGUUUGUGGUGCAAUGGCUCAUUCGACUGUAUCUGCAACGCAGGAGAAGAAAAAUAAAUUGAGAGGAAUCACCUGCUUGUCCGACUUCUUUAAAGAGCUGAAGGAGAGCCGCCUUCCUCAAUAAGAGGAGAGAGAUGUUUCCUGUCUGUCUGUGAUCUCUAACUCCUGCUUUUGCACUAUGAUGACGGCUCUAAGAAUCUGAAAACAGAAAGACGUGAAUGGAUGCCAUAGCAGCUUAUGUUUUUUUUUUUAUGUAACAAAAUUUGCUAAGUGAUAAUCCUUUUUUUGGGUAAUCAAAGGUAGCACUACGAUCUUUCAUUCUCAUGAUAGUUAUGAAAAUGUCGUGAAAAUCCAAAGGGCAUUAAUUCAUCAUGUCACAUAUAUAACUUUCAAAAUUGCCCACAUAUAGCUGCUAAGUGUUAAUACUGUAGCAUAAUGUAGGAUGCACUGAUAAGUACAUUUCUGUUGAGUAUUAUUUUAAUUCCUGGCAGGUUUUACAGAACCUGGGAACCAUAAUGGUUAUAAUUAGGGACCCCCUAAAUUGUUGGAGGUAUAACAAAAAAAUAACACUUUACUUAACAUGUUGAUAUUGUUUGCCCAAGUGAGCUAUUGUGCUGAUCAAACCCAUAAUCAAAAAUGUUAUAUAUGAAAUGGACCCCUUGACUUGAAAAUGUACAGAGCAUUAUAGGGCAAUACAGUUUGCCAAAGUACUGUUUGUUCUUCAUUCGCCCAAUAUCCCAUCAUGUAUGCAAUUAAAGAUCUGAUAUAGGUCCAUUGCAAUAGCCUCAAAGUAUUUGAACCCAUUGCAUAAGAUCCACAAGUCCUCUUAAAUGGUUGAAUUGUGAAGCACUUUGUAUGAAUGUGAAGUGAAAUAUGUUUAAGAUGUUUUAGAGCCCUAAAACUAAUAAGGCUGAAAACUAAUGAAUAAUUUACCAAUGGCUGUUUGUUUGUUUUUUUAAAGUGAGAAAUGCAAAUGUUUUGUUUCAUUGUAGUUGUAAAUUAGUAUGUUAAUAAUUCCUUUAAUCUUGUAUAGGAGAAAGAUGUAUGGGAAAGAUGUAUUCAGGAAAUGCUAAGUCUUUUAUUUGAAUUGUACUAUACUGUAACGUAGCAUUGACAUGUUUAAUUGAUGUCUGUAACUACUAUGUACUACUUUUGAAUCCUUUUGAAUCAUCUAUAGAACAGAGUGUUUGAUUGAAAUGCUUUGUUCUGAAAACUUUAAUCUUUUUAUUGAACCAUCAUUACAGCUUUUGCUUAAAUUUGUCCUCGGGUUAGAGGAUCAAUGCAUGUUUCACUAAUGUCACAUAACAUGUCAUCCAAUAUUUUAGACUGAUUCAUUAUUAAACACUUCUG